AUGAUAGACAACAAUAAUAAUUUCGAUUGCAUUAAAAUAAAAACUGAGCCACCUGAAGAAGAAACUCUCAUUGAUAUCAAACAAGAACCUAUCGAUAUCAAACAAGAACUUCUCGAUAUAAAACAAGAACCUCCCAGCACUAAAUCAGUUGUGCUCAAAUUCAAAAAGAAAAUCGACGGAAAUUAUUUUGUGAUUCCCCUAUUGACCCCUGAUCCAUUCUACGAAGUCAAUCUUGAAGACGAUAAAACUUCAAUAAAAAUAAAACAAGAAAAAGAAGAAAAAUCAACAAAAACCAGCAGCUAUUGUCAAAGAUGUUCGUUUUAUGCGAAACAUGAAAAAGAAAAACUUAAAAGACAUCAACAACGGGUCCAUCCAAGAAAAACCUGGAAAUGCAUUUUUUGCAACAGAAACAACUUCAAAGAAAAAAUCACCUUACAAAUGCACUUGUUAUAUCUACAUAGAGACAACCAAGAGGCUAUGCAACAAAUCACAAAACGGAUUUUCUCUUGCAAAGUGUGCACUUACAAAUCACUUAAAAAGAACAAUUUUAAGCGCCACUUAAUUACACACAAACCUAAAACCAAAAAUACCAAAUCUGACUUGAAGAAUAUUAAUAAAGGCAAUCCUUUUAACUGUUACCAUUGUCCUUAUGGUGCAACUUCUAAAGGCUCAAUAAUAAAACAUGUAAGACUGCACAAGCCUGCUGAAUACAAACCAUAUACUUGUACCAAGUGUAAUACAAAAUACAACGAAAAAGGCUGUUUGGAUUCCCACAUAGUCAAACACCACUUGGACAGUAAAGAAUUGAUUGCCAGCCUUACGAGCAAGAUUUAUAAAUGCGAAUUUUGCAAUUACAAAGAUGUUAAUAAGGCGAAGGUGUCACGCCAUAAAGGACUCAGGCAUUAA